AUGAUUGAGACAUUCCGUUUUCCGGAAAAGCAUACAGCGCUAAAUAUUAGUGAGGCGUUAGAUAACGUGAUUUCAAAAUGGAACAUUGAAAACAAAGUUGUAAACACCACAACUGACAUCGCCGGUAACAUGACGGCGGCCGUACAACUUAUUCACAGUGGCAACAUAGAUAUGCAACAUGUGCCUUGUUUAGCACACACUAUCAAUUUAGUUGUGAAAAGUUCUUUGAUCAGCAACACUGAGCUCUGCAUAAUGCGGGAAAAGGAUCUAAUGAAAAAACCUGUUCAUAAAUUGAUUCAGGAAACCGAAACCCGAUGGAACAGUGUAGAGAACCCCACAGCUGACGAGUGGCGAAUUUUAAGCGAAUGUUUAUGUGUACUAGAGCCAUUUGAAGUGAUAACAAGUGAAAUCUCAACUGAAGACGUAUGCAAUGGGAAGUGGGCUACCACGACAGCGCAAGAGCUACAGCAACGUCUGCAAAACUCACUAAUAGCCCGGCUAUGCUUAAUAGAAACAAACAAAGUACAUGCCGUUACCACAGUUCUCGAUCCAAGAUUCAAAACGUUACCAUUUACGAAUCCCAUUCAUUCAAAACAUGCCGUUGCAAACCUAAUUACAGAGUGCACUAACUUGGUAGAGACCGUACGAUCUACUCAUUCGACUGCUAACGACACUAGCCACGAGUACCAUGUCGUACAAAACGCCAGUAGUUCCUUAUGGACUUCUUUCGAUGAAGAGGUUUCCAAUAAAAAUCUAAUGGAAAGCGGUUGUGAUAGCAAAGACCUGGAGGUACAACGAUAUUUGGAAGAACCAUACUACAACGCACGGAUAAUCCUUUACACUACUGGGAAAAAAAAAUGA